UUACCUUGUCUAAUGUUAAUGGAUUGUUUCUUCCGUUGAUUCACACGUGACAUACUUUCAGAUCUCUAACACAAAGUCACCAUUUUUAUUCUUGUGUACUAUCUUUUUCUCUCUGAGUCAGGCCAAACUUAAUGCCCACAUGUGAUGUUACUAGUCCAGGACAGAAGUAGGACUGGUGUGCUUCUUUCUUGCUUUCAUUUAUCCAAAAGUUUUGACUAGGCUGCACUAAACUUCAAGGCACUAUGCUUAACAAUGAGGGUUGAAUAAACAGCCUUCAUCCAUCGACUUUAAUCACAGUGAUAUGACAGGAUGAGUGUGAAAAGAGCAUAAAGGAGUUAAGGAAAAUCAGAAGGCUUUGCAGAUGAAAUCGUGGUUGUGUUGAGUGACUUCAUAUAUAGUGGUGGUAUGGUACAAGGUAGUUAGAGUGCGGUGCUACGGUAGGAGGCCAAGCCAAGUAUCCAAAAAUUUGUUUGAGGAAACUCUUAAGCUUCCAUCUAGAAUAAGUUUAAUGAUUCUGAGCCUGUGAAGCCUCUUGAACCCAGACCUUUUCCACCCCAGAUUCCUUGCCUGAACUCUACAGAAAGCAAAGCCUCUUCUCUUCAUUACCUGAAAAGAACAGUAACAUUGCUCUAGAUAUUUCUAUUACAACACCACCUCAAGUGACCUUUCUUUUUCUUUCUUUUUUCCUCAGUGAAGAAACUACAUGAAAAUGUUUUUCAGUGUCACAGCUGAAACUUUUUUACUUUGUUUUGUUUUGGUGUAGUUGGGUUGGUUUUGUUUUGUGAGGUUUUUGUUGUUCUUGUUUUGGGUUUUGUUUAAAUGUUUGGUCUUUGUUUUACCCAACCUUCUGCUCUAGUCUUGAGGCAUUUGAUGAAAGACUAUACAUACUAACUCACUCGUACUUCUCUGUGCAUGAAUUUUUUAAAACCCCAAACCAGAUGGUUGGAAUGUAUAUGAAUGAACUCUUGAUGCAUUGAUUCUGGGAGCUGAGCUGCCACUUGAAACUUCCUUUUUAGCCAGGGUAUUUGAUAAGCACUUUGCUGUUAGCUAAGAGGUUUUGUGGUAUAUUUGAGAAACAUUAAUAAUGCAAAUAAGUUAUUUUCAGAAGUUAUAUUUUGGUUUGAUGUUUUAUUUUUAUCUGAUCCAUUAUAAUUUUAAAGGGUUCUAGAUGAUGGGGUGUUUUUUUGUUUUUUUUUUUUGUUUUUUGUUUUUUUUUUGGUUUUUUUGAGACAGGGUUUCUCUGUAGCCCUGGCUGUCCUGGAACUCACUCUGUAGAACAGGCUGGCCUCAAACUCAGAAAUCCACCUGCCUCUGCCUCCUGAGUGCUGGGAUUAAAGGCGUGCACCACCACUGCCCGGCCCUGGAUGAUGUUUUGUGAGUACUGUUUAACAUUAGACAUUUUAGGACAACUGGAUUUUAUUAGAACUAUAUAUGCCAUCAUUUAAUAACCAUCUGAAAAAUGCCAAGAACACAUAGUAUGUAAAGUAUGAAUUAUUAAAAGAACCCAGUCAAGCAAAUUAUUUAAAUUGAUUAUGAAAUUACUUGAAGCAAUGUUUCUGAUGCUGAGAUAGACAGAUGAAUGAGAAGAACAGAAUAGUAUCCAGAAAUAGAUCUAAGAAUAUAUAAAAAAUUAAUACAAAAGCGGGGAUUUCAAAUCCAUGGAGAAAAAAUGGUUUAUUCAGUAGAUGAUAUUGGAGCACAUUUAUUAGAGAAAAAAGUAAAUGAGGAAAGCCAGAUGCUUGUCUCAUUUAUUUUAUAAUCUAAAUUACAAAAAGAUUAGUGCUUACAUAUAAAAAAACAAAACUGGAGAUAUUCUUGAAGAAAAAAAUAACUUCAUAUUUUUUAUAAUAUAAACAUAUAAUAUAAUAUGUGGUAUGAAAAACAAGAAGCCAUAAAAGGGAUGGUGGAGAAACAUAAGGGCAAACCCUACUGAAUGAGACAGCAUUUUAAUGAUAUAGAGGAAGGGCUAAUGUUUGCAAAGACCUUAGACUCUGUAAGAAAUGGAAGCUUGUUAGCAGAAAGAUUGCAAAAAAUAAAAACUAAGUUUCCAAAGAUCUUCAACCUUAUUAGUAAUCAAAGAACUGUCCAAAAAGUAUAUUAGCAUAUCAUUUUGUUUUGUUUGGUUUGGUUUUUACUGUUGAGAUUUAUCAAAUUUCCUAGCACAUGAGAAGCUAAGGCAGUAGCAUUAUUAGGUUGAGGUCAGCCUAGGAUAAAUACCAAGUUCCAGGUCAGACUGGGAUAUAGAAGUGAGACCCUAUCUUAAAAAAAAAUCAAAAGCUACAAACUGUCAAAACAUAAUUUUAGCAAAGGCAUGAAUACAUACUUAUAUACUUUAUUUAUCUAUUCUUUGAGAAUUUUAUACAUGUAUACAAUGUAUAUACAAUCUACUCUCUCUUCAUUCAUGUACUUGUGAUAGUAGUAGAAAUUGGACUACUCUUUGUAGAGGAUAUUUCAGCAAUAUAUAUUGUGUCAAAACCUAAAAUAUCCAGUUUGUCUAUUAAUUCUCCUCUUUGGUAUUUUCCCUAGGAAGACCAUCUUAGUCAGACUUUCAUCACUAACUAAAACCUUAGAGUAGGAUGAAACAAGAGAGGGUGUGGUAUGAAUAUGACCAAAAUGCUCCUCUGGCUUAUUACAUACCAAGUAAUCAACCUCUUAAUUAGAUUCCAUCUUCUACCAUUUGACCACUUCCCAGGAAUCUACUGAUAGUCUCAAUCUAUCAAUAGAUUAAGUCAUUGAUUAGGUCAGAGCCCUCAUGAUGUAUUCAUCUGUGGGAACACCUUCCUAGAGGCCCAGGAAGAUGCUUUAAUAAGCUCCUAGGUGUCUCUCAGUCCAAACAAGUUAAUAAUUAAGAUUAACCAUCCCAAAGAUCAUUUUAAAAGUACAGAUGGGUACACAAAGAUAAGCACUAAGACAUCAGGUGGUACUUAAAUGACCAUCACAAGUUGUUAGGAUAUAUUAAGUUACAGGGCAUAUGCACAAUGAAACAGUGUUUUGACAGUAAUCUUGGAGUAGAACUUCUAAUCUAAAGACAUUGAUCACUAUUAUUUCUCUUAAGGACUUUUCACAUCUAAGUAGAAUGAAGUAGAGUUCUUAAAGGGAACAUAACCAGAAUAGUAGCCAGUUAAAAUAGCUGAUGCAAAAAUCAAUAAUUUUGCUUCCUUGUUUUUUACAUCAUUUUUCACACCACUUUAUUUCUUCCUUUCAAAUGUUUAUCACAUCUUUUAUUUGUGUGCUAGGUGUGUCUUAUCAUACACCAGAAUGCAAGGUAAAUUCCAUAAGGAAGGGAUUUCUGUUAAAGUACCUACUCUGAAAGAUGCUCAAUAAACGUGUGUUGGAUAAAUAAUUGAAAACUCAAAUUAUAAUAUUUGAAUGUUUUAAAUAACAUGUGAACACUUUUAAACACUUGUUUUAUAUGUGUUUAAAUUAUAAAAUACUAUAUGUCUGUUAAUAAUAUUAGUCAAGUGAUUGCAGACCCCAAGUAUGAACUAAAUUUCCCUUUACUGGCCUUGGAGAGGUGGCUUAACAAUUUAGAGCACUUGAUGCUCCUGAAGAGGACCUCAGUUUGGUUCCCAGCACCCAGGUCAGGUGGCUCAUCUGUAACUCUAACUCUAAGGAGAUUGGUGGCCCUUUUUUUUGGACUCUGUGGACACCCAUACACAUGUGUGCAUACUCAAACACUGACAUAACACACAUAAUUAAAAUAACAAAAAUGAAAUAUUAAAAUUUUCCUAUACUACAUUCUCAUAGUGAUCCGUUCCACCUUGUUAAACUUAAUUACAAUAUUACAUAAGCAAGUAUUCUGCUUAUCUAGUAACUGAAAGUGUCAUAACAUCUAACACAGUUCUUUAUACUUGAAAGGGUAUUAUGUAGGUAUCAAAUGAAGAAUUUAUAUGCAAUUGUAUGUAUGCAUUGUGUAUACAACUUUCUCCAUCUUUCAGCUGAGUAAACUGAGGCUUGGAAGGUUAAGUUUGCCCAAGAUAUUUGCUAUAAAAGCAACAUUUUUUGACUUCCAAUAUAUGAAAAAAUACCAGUAGUCCAUAAACCAGAGUACCAGAGUCCUUGAAACUACUGAGUGAAAACUUUGAAGAAAUGAGAGCACUUAGGAGCACGGUUUUGGAAUCAACAAUUAGACCCUGUGUUGUGAAACUACUAUUGGAGGCCCAUACUCAGUCUGCCAGCUGCUUUUAGCAAGGCUUUCUAGAUGCAAGCUUUCAUUGUUAUUUCCAACUGUCUGCUGCUCUGUCACACCACAGUGGCUUAGUGUAAGAACUGUGACAUGGACUAGGUAGCUUCCAUAGCAUAAUAGUUUUGUUAUCUUUAAAAAAAAAAAAAACUAACUCUUGAUAUAUACCUUGUUUACUGUCAUUUCUUUUGUGAUUAUUUUAAUGCUUGCAGAUUCAGAAGUCAUAUAAUAGCUGACUUUAUGAUAAACAUGAAAGAAUGUGUUUAAAUAAUCUGGUUAGGUUUCUCUCAUUUCCUCCCUCUCCCUCUCCUCCCCCUGCCCCCACACCUGUUGAUAACCCAGGCAAUCAAAUAGAAGAAAAAAAAAUAUGGUUCAAAGCAGUGAGCCAUCAUGGUGGGUGAGCUGUAAAUUCCUCUUCACUCAGUAACAAGAGACUUCUUACAUGGUAUUUGCUUGGGGUUUCUGGGCUUUUUACCUUAUAGCACAGGAAUUGAUUAGCAUGGUUGAUCUGUGUGAUAGGCAACUGUAACUAAUGCCAUCAUAAUUCUUAAAACCAGAGUCUCUUGGGUACUUUUGAUCAGAACUCAUGCUAAUAAAAACAGUUGCCCAGCAUUGGCCAUACAUUUUAACCUCUGCUUCCUAACACAUUAGGUAUGAGCCUUAUGUACAUUUUAAAAUUAUUUGAAGUUAAAUAAAAGUUAAAAUUUAGUUCCUUACACUAGUCACAUUUAAAAUAUUCAGAAGUUAUAUGUAGUAUUAUGUAGCUAGUGUUAUCUUACAGGGUACAUAGUUCAUUUCUGUCAGCACAGAAAUAUAGUUGAACUGGACUUUCUGCUCUAGAUGGUAGUGAGCUUAAGGGUCUCAGUCCAGUGAAAUUCAGGAUUUAAAAGUUGACUUAAAUAUUUCACUUGUAAAGAUGUAAUAAUAAUUUGCAAUGUUUUCUUUUUCUAAUAGCAAGUAAUGAUAACAUUAUUCAUUCUUCAACUUAAGACCUUCUCAACUAAUAGCUAUAACAUAAUACUAUCAAAAUUGAAUUUUGGUAACCUCUUUAAAUCUUCAUUCCAGGAAAUUACCCACUCGUUUACUGUAUGGGCUGUCUAGUCAUUCUGUUAGUUGUAGACUGGCUUGUGAAAUAUUUCCGAGCUGAUUAGGAUUUCUGGCCAGACUUACUUGCUUAGUUAAGGGUGGUGGGAAAGGGACAAAACAGCAGGUAUAAAGCUGACAGAGUGCGAAGUCUUGGCAUCGUCUUUGUAGUGAUUUAGAUGUCAUUAUUCAGUGACUCAUUUUUAUUCCCAGCAUCUAGUGCUUUUUGCAUGGCCCAAAGGGGCCCUGUGCUGCUCCACUACAGAGGAAAAUUCAAGAAAUGCUGGUUUGCUACAGUGUUUUAGCUUGUGAGAGUCUCUGGGACCUUCCCUGCUCCAUCAUGGGGUCACCUCUAGGUCAUUUUACCUGGGACAAAUACCUAAAAGAAACAUGUUCAGUCCCAGCGCCUGUCCAUUGCUUCAAGCAGUCCUACACACCUCCAAGUAAUGAGUUCAAGAUCAGCAUGAAAUUGGAAGCACAGGAUCCCAGGAACACCACAUCCACCUGUAUUGCCACGGUCGUUGGAUUGACAGGUGCCCGACUUCGUCUGCGCCUUGAUGGCAGUGACAACAAGAAUGACUUCUGGAGACUGGUUGACUCCUCUGAAAUCCAGCCAAUUGGAAACUGUGAGAAGAAUGGCGGGAUGCUGCAGCCCCCUCUAGGAUUUCGGCUGAAUGCCUCCUCUUGGCCCAUGUUCCUUUUGAAGACACUAAAUGGAGCAGAGAUGGCUCCCAUCAAGAUUUUCCAUAAGGAGCCACCAUCACCUUCCCACAACUUCUUCAAAAUGGGAAUGAAGUUAGAAGCUGUAGACAGAAAGAACCCUCAUUUCAUUUGCCCAGCCACUAUUGGAGAAGUUCGAGGCGCAGAAGUGCUAGUCACCUUUGAUGGGUGGCGAGGCGCAUUUGACUACUGGUGCCGCUUUGACUCCCGGGACAUCUUUCCUGUGGGCUGGUGUUCUUUGACUGGAGAUAACCUGCAGCCACCUGGCACCAAAGUUGUGAUUCCAAAGAAUCCGUCCCCUUCAUCUGAUGUGAGCACUGAGAAGCCCAGCAUCCACAGCACCAAAACUGUCUUGGAGCAUCAGCCAGGGCAGAGGGGCCGCAAACCAGGAAAGAAGCGGGGCCGAACACCCAAGAUCCUUAUUCCCCAUCCCACCUCUACCCCAUCCAAGUCAGCUGAACCUUUGAAAUUUCCAAAGAAGAGAGGUCCCAAGCCUGGCAGUAAGAGGAAACCUCGGACUUUGCUGAGCCCACCACCCACCUCACCAACAACCAGCACCCCUGAACCGGACACCAGCACUGUUCCUCAAGAUGCUGCCACCGUCCCAAGUUCAGCCAUGCAGGCCCCCACAGUUUGUAUCUACUUGAACAAGAGCGGCAGCACGGGCCCCCACCUGGAUAAGAAGAAGAUCCAACAACUCCCUGACCAUUUUGGGCCAGCCCGUGCCUCUGUGGUGCUGCAGCAGGCUGUCCAGGCUUGCAUUGACUGUGCUUAUCACCAGAAAACUGUCUUCAGCUUCCUCAAACAGGGCCACGGCGGUGAAGUCAUUUCAGCCGUGUUUGACCGGGAACAGCACACUCUGAACCUCCCAGCAGUCAACAGCAUCACCUAUGUCCUCCGUUUCCUGGAGAAGCUCUGCCACAACCUUCGAAGUGACAAUCUGUUUGGCAACCAGCCCUUUACACAGACUCACUUAUCACUCACUGCCACAGAGUAUAAUCACAACCACGACAGGUACCUACCAGGUGAAACCUUUGUCCUGGGGAAUAGCCUGGCCCGGUCCUUGGAGACACACUCAGACCUGAUGGAUUCUGCCUUGAAGCCUGCCAACCUUGUCAGCACAUCCCAAAACCUUCGGACUCCUGGCUAUCGGCCCUUGCUUCCCUCCUGUGGCCUCCCAUUAAGCACUGUCUCUGCUGUGCGUAGGCUCUGCUCUAAGGGAGUGUUAAAAGGAAAAAAGGAAAGAAGGGAUGUGGAGUCAUUUUGGAAACUAAAUCAUUCCCCAGGGUCAGAUCGACAUCUGGAGAGCCGAGAUCCCCCUCGCCUGAGUGGCCGGGACCCCUCCUCAUGGACAGUGGAGGAUGUGAUGCAGUUUGUCCGGGAAGCCGAUCCUCAGCUUGGAUCCCAUGCUGACCUCUUCCGAAAACAUGAAAUCGAUGGCAAGGCCCUGCUCCUGCUGCGCAGUGACAUGAUGAUGAAGUACAUGGGCCUGAAGCUGGGGCCCGCCCUCAAGCUCUCCUUUCACAUUGACCGGCUGAAGCAGGGCAAGUUCUGAACAGGAGGCACUCUUCUCCCAGGAAGCCGCCCGCCAGCUCCCAGGCACCUUAGUAGGGCUCUGGGUGACCUCAGGACUCUAGGAGGCUGGAAAGCCACCACUGCUACCCUUCCUGCCCUGAUGUGUCCUUCCAUGAAGGACUGAGGAGGGAACAGUGGGCCCGGGGCUGGUGCUGCUCUUCCCCUUAGCCUGCUGUGGCUCCCAGGCCCUUCUAUUUAUUUCUCAAGGCUAGCCAGCCUCUCUCCACAAGUUUAGACGAGCACCUUUCAAGAGAUGAGGAAGACGCCAGCCCUAGGACCUUGAAAGGCCCUGGUACCCAGGCCCCUUGCCACCUCCUGGGCUUGGCAUAGUGUCCCAAGGCCCCCAGCUCAUGCCUUCUCACUGGAUCCCCAGACUCUGAACUUAUGGUGCAGACCUUUUUUAAAGAGAUCCUUUCUUAUUGCUAAUUUAUUGCUUCUGGCGUUUGGACUUAAUGCUUCUCUUGCACCAAACAGUUUUUUGGAAGAGGGAGACCAUCCUCUGGUCCAGAGAGGGCCUCUCCAGAGAAGUGUGGCCUAUUUCAGAAGACACUGCCCUAGGGCACUUCUUCUCUGGAAUGGACAAAGUAUUUGGCUCACUGAGCAAAAGGUGAGGGUCUCUCUUCCUACACUGGGUCCUUUGUAGCCCCAGUCUUCAUCUCUGAUGGAGUUUCCCCUCUCCCUGCCCCCACAGCUCCCUGCCCUGGUCAGAAUUGCUGCAAAAGAUGGGGCCUAAUGCAAUUAGGUCACGGGGCCCCAAUGGUGGGAGGAGGACCUCAAGGCUGGAGGAGUUCUGCCCUCUGCUAGCUCCUGUGCUUUCCUCCUAAGCAAGUCAGCAGCACUGCUGCCCCCACUGCCAUCUGAACUAUUUUGUGUCCGUUUGUUUAUAAAUAAAAACCAAUACAAAUGCC